ACUCAGUGUCUUUGCGCUACCACAGGUGUUGAGGAUGAAGCAGCUACUUUUCAACAGGAACAUAGACACACGGGAAGAAGAAGAGACAAUGACAGAGAGAAGAAGAGAAAAAAUGAGAGAAGAAGAAAAAGAAGAGCAUCUAAAGCAGAAGAAGCGGGAGAUGAAUUACCAGAAAGGUCUGAGAAAACAGACAAGAGCAGGAGAAGAAGAGCAAAGACUGAUCAAGAGCCAAAAACAGGAGUAAAGGAAGAUGGGGAGCAGUUCAAAGUAAAAUCCGAAAAGGCAGCAAAAUCGAGGAAGGACGUUAAAAAUGAAAAAAAUAAAAAAGCUGAGCAGGAGGAGGCAGAAGCUGGGGAAAGAAAUGCCAAAGGAAAAAAGAGACGUGAAAGUGCCCAAAAAGACGAGAAAGAAGUGAAGCAAGAAAAAGUUGCAGUAAAUAAGAAAGCUCAAAAGGUGAAGAAGAAAAAACACAAGGAAGUGGUGGAAACGAGUUCAGAGCCAGAGACAAGCGAGGCCGAUGGCGAUGAAGAGGACGACGAGGAGAAAGAGGUGAGACCGGAGACUCUGUCAGCAGAGGAGCUGGAGAUGCUGAAGGAGGCGGUGGACGAGAGGAAGAAACUGAUCCAAAGCCUGAGGGGAAAACCCUGGCCAAUGAAAAAGAAACUCGUCACCUUACGGGAGUCUCAGAAAUUUGUAGAGAAAUAUGAGGGAGCUCUGGGCAAAGGGAAAGGCAGAAAGUUCUACGCUUACAAAGUCAUGAUGACCAAGAAAUGGAUGAAGUUCCAGAGGGACUUUGAAAACUUCAAAACUGCCUGCAUCCCAUGGGAGAUGAAAAUAAAGGAGAUUGAAAGUCAUUUCGGCUCCUCGGUCGCCUCUUACUUUAUCUUUCUGAGGUGGAUGUACGGCAUCAACUUGAUCCUCUUUGGCCUGACCUUUGGCCUAGUUAUGGUGCCAGAGGCAUUGAUGGGGAGGCCCUAUGGCAGCAUUCCAAGGAAAACCGUUCCCAGGGCCGAGGAGGCCAGCGCUAUGGACUUUGCUGUCUUAUGGGACUUUGGGGGAUAUGCUCAAUAUUCUGUCCUGUUUUAUGGUUACUACAACAACCAGCGGGCCGUUGGCUGGCUCAAGUUCCGUAUGCCUCUUUCAUACUUCCUGGUCGGCGUGGGAACAGUGGCCUAUAGCUACAUGGUUGUCAUAAGAACGAUGGCCCGCAAUGCAAAUGAGUCUGGGGUCGGAGACGACAACAGCUUUAAUUUCAGCUGGAAGAUGUUCACCAGCUGGGACUACCUGAUCGGGAAUCCUGAAACUGCAGACAACAAGUUUGCCUCCAUCACCACCAGUUUCAAGGAGGCGAUCUUAGAGGAGCAGGAGAGCCACAAGGACGACAACAUCCACCUGACUCGCUUCCUGCGGGUGCUGGCCAACUUCCUGGUCUUGUGCUGCUUGGCAGGAAGUGGCUACCUCAUCUACUUUGUGGUGCGUCGCUCUCAAAAGUUUGCCAUUGAUGGACUGGAGAAUCACACCUGGUGGGAGAGGAACGAGGUUAACAUGGUCAUGUCAUUGCUGGGAAUGUUCUGCCCAAUGCUGUUCGACGUCAUCAGCGCCCUGGAGAACUACCACCCGCGCGUGGCCCUGCAGUGGCAGCUGGGCCGCAUCUUCGCCCUCUUCUUGGGGAACCUCUACACCUUCAUCAUCGCACUCAUGGACGAAAUCAACCUUAAGAGGGACGAGGAGAAGAUUGUUAAGUUUAACAUAUCCACGUGGGAGGCCGGGCUUUUUAACGGCACGCUGUGGGAAAACAGCACAGCUCCACCCGUCACCAUCCAGCCUGCUGACGUGCCCAGAGGGCCGUGCUGGGAGACCAUGGUUGGCCAGGAGUUUGUGCGUCUGAUCAUAUCCGAUACCAUGACAACCUACAUCACGCUGCUGAUUGGAGACUUUCUGAGAGCUGUACUCGUCCGGUUCCUCAACUACUGCUGGUGCUGGGAUCUGGAAGCUGGAUUUCCGUCCUACUCUGAGUUUGAUGUCAGUGGCAACGUCCUGGGCCUGAUCUUCAAUCAAGGCAUGAUAUGGAUGGGCGCGUUCUACGCCCCCUGCCUGCCUGCCCUGAACGUCCUUCGGCUCCACGUGUCCAUGUACCUGCAGUGCUGGGCUGUGAUGUGCUGCAACGUUCCGCAGGAGAGAGUUUUCAAGGCCUCUGGCUCCAACAACUUCUACAUGGCCAUGCUGCUCGUCAUCCUCUUCCUGUCAACCCUGCCGGCCAUUUACACCAUCGUCACCAUCCCCCCGUCCUUCGACUGUGGACCCUUCAGUGGUAAAAAGCGGAUGUUCGAUGUCAUCCAAGAGACACUAGAGUCAGACUUUCCUGCCUGGUUUAGUAGAGUGUUCAGCUACGCCUCUAACCCGGGGUUAGUGCUGCCCUUCAUAUUGCUUAUGGUACUGGCCAUUUAUUACUUACAAUCCACAUCUAAAAGCUACAGAGAAGCUAACGUGGAGUUGAAGAAAAAACUGCAAAUGCAAAAUGAGGAAAACAAGAAAAAGAGCAAACGAGCAGCAUUGAAGGCCCAGUUGGAUCUAGAGGAGGCCAGAAAAGCAGCAUCACAGAAUACAGAGCAACAAAAAAACAACAGUGGUUCUCUACAGGACUUGGAGGUUGACGAGGAAGAAAAGCAUUGCACUAGUCACAGGAUGCGUCACGGUAAGAAUGAACGCGACCAUCCUUCUCCUGGUGGAGACAAAGAUCACCAGCCUGCAGCCACCAGAGCCCCCGUUCCCAGGACUUAUCACCAUGACGUCCGUGGGCCUCCUGGAUACCUGCCUGGUUUCCCCCGGCAGAGCGAACCCAGGAUGUCCAGGGCGCCGAGCCUGCAGAGACACUGA